UCUCAUGAAUAUUAAUGAACGGAAGUGACGUGUUGCUUGCAGUACGCCAUUAAUUGUUACUUUUUUGUCAAUCACUAUCCACUCUUUCCAAUCUGGCAUCGACUGCAUAGUCAUAUGUAAUUUUUCGACUAUCGAUUGCUCAGCCUGGAAUAACAGGAAGCUAAUAAUUUUGAGGCUGCAAGCUAUCAGAGCUACAAAACGAAUUAGCCAGUCGCGUGCAUAAUAUCUAAUCAAAAAGGCAGAAAUUGAACUUAAUCAUUACUAUAUGUCGUUUCCAAUGCAGGAGGCUGCUGUCAUGUUGUCUCUUUGGAUGAAUUAUGAGGCUUUUUAUUCCUCCGGGAUUAUUAUGUCGGCAGGGCUUGCUAGUGUCGCCUGAGUUUCUUCUGGCCACCUCUGCAGUUCUCAGGGUUGCGGUGUUUGGACACGUAGCUACUAGUUCGGGGAAGGAUGAUGCACAGUGCAGCGGCUCCACAGGACCCUUACCAGGGUGCAGGGGAAAGGGGGGAGCUGGUGCACACUGUAUCCAAGGAGACUCUGGGGUCUCCAGAAGCUUCCGAACUGGGAAGCCCCAGAUCGACACUGAACUUUGACCUCCUCAACAUGGUUGUGUCCUAUAAGAGAAUGGCGCUCUUUCUGGAGCCAGUUACAGAUGCUAUCGAGGUGGCCCGCUUUUUGCUAGGGUGGAGGAUGCCCCUUUGCUCACUGCUCAUUUGUAUACUCCUCAAUGUCUUCUUCUGCACUAUCAAUGAGGUGGGUUGGUUGUCAAUCUUUCUGGUGGCAGUCACAGUGCCUGCUGCCCUAGGCUACCUGCAGGACAGGUGCUGGGGCAGAACCACAGAAGCGGAACUCCAAAGGAAACACUUUCACACUGUUCACCGGCGAGAUUUGCAGGCGGUGCACCUCAGUAAACAGGAGGCCAUGCUGGAAGUCAAAGACCUGUUAAAGCAUCUGGAUGAAAUGCUGUACAAGGCCUGUCAAUCAGCAGAAAUACUUUAUAAGGUCCUGUACUGGGACGAUCACACCAUAUCAUCAAGAUUCUAUGUAGGAUUGUUUACAGUGGUAUGUCUUCUCUACCUCGUGCCUGUGGGCUGGGUGAUUGCUGGCUUGAACAGCACCAUCUUCCUUUGGAAUAAAGAUUUCCACAGAGUUUUAUUGGACUUGAAGAAGCUUCUACAUGUCGGCCAGACCCCCACCUUAGAGGCGGUGUGUGAAGAACAGCAGCACAGCAAUAUAGUGGACAGAACACCAACACCAACUAGUCUAGAGGACAUAUCACCUGGCAGCGUAGAGGAAGCGGAAGAAGCUGAGCCUGAUGAUGAAUUUAAAGAUGCAAUUGAGGAAAGUUCAAUUUCCCUGCAGGAAACCCCUUUGGUAUUAGUGUUGGACGACCAUCCGCUCGGGGGGGACACGUGUCGACCUCUGAUUUGUGUCGAGGAGGAUGACGAUGGUCCACUUGGAGCUCCUGAGUUCGACACAAUCUCUGAAAAUGGCCUCCUGAGUCGUAAUGAACCCAUUCGCAGCAAAGUGUCCAAGCUGACAGAGAAACUGCGCAAACGAUACCCCACUACCAGCGCAGGUAACUGUGCUAACUGUAAUGCUGUCUUCUCUGUGCUGAAGAAAAGGAAGAACUGCAGUAACUGCGGCAACAGCUUUUGUUCGCGAUGCUGUUCUUUCAAAGUGCUGAGGUCUUGCAUGGGGGCCACUGCUCCAGAGGCCCAGAGAGAAACUGUGUUUGUUUGUGCUGCCUGUAAUUCCUCGCUCAUCAAGUUACAGUGACAACACUGGCAGUGUGACCCACUGGGAUGUUCACCACCGUUUGCUUCUCCGCUCGGCUCGUCACGCGUUGAGUGACCAAACUCUCAACGCAACCUCUAAAAUCUCCUCCUUGCCUUUUCUAUUAUACCCAUCCUGGUGUUACUGGAUGUUGAAUUUAAGGACCUCUUUGCUGAGCAGAGGGAAGUGGAAGUUUGCCUGCAGAUCAGGAUAACAGGGGCUUCCAGAUGUUGUUUACGAGAUUAAUGGUUUCAAAAUGCUAUGGCUGACAACCAUAAUGAUCAAAUUUGAAUGUUUAAAAUGCCACUUUGUCAAACUGUUAACUUUGAAAUUUGAUUUCAGUUCCUUUAAAUUUGCCACGAGUGGCAUGUUUGACAAGGUGUGACUAUGUCUUCAGUCUUUAUAUUAAAAAAACAACAAUAAUAAUAAUCCCUUUUAGAGCCACUAUGUUUAAUGGUUUGAUUUGACACAUCAUGCUUUUACUUAUACCCUUUGAGCUUUUUAGAAUUUCAUUUUUACUCCCAACUGGACAACUGGAGUCAUUUGAUUGGAAAGGGUUAAAUAUUAAUCUGCCUCCCGUUCUUACAAGCAGGACUUAAAAGAAUGGAUGUGAUGGCAUUCUAACUAAAUAUUGACCCUAAAUGCAAUGAUGUUUUAACCUUUACGCAGGCAGUGAUGAUUGUACUUGUUUGCUUUGCUUUCAUCGUAAUCAUACACAAUUAAUCCAAUCCCUUCUAGAGCUAAUAUAUUUAAUUUAAAUGCCCGGAAAUACAAUUUAUUUGAUAGAUUAUUGUUAUGUAUAUAUUUGUUGCAUCUUUUACCAUGAAAUAAUCCAUUGUUGAAAUAAACAGUCAAAGCCCAUGUGGUUUCUAUGUUGAUGACAACACACAAAGGUAAAAUCAUACAGAACACCAUGCUGUAUGUGAAUGACUGUGGAAAUUUAUUUGAAUUCAACACAAUGUGAGUUUUAGAUGGAAAAAAAAAACAGGUGAGGCUUGAGCUAAUUAAGCUCCGUAUAUAAACGAUAUAUAUAUAUUUU